AAACCCUCCCCCAACUAGCAGAGGCCACCGCCUUUCCAAUUCCACCCCCGCGGGAAAAUUUUUAUCCGCGCGCGGAGUGCCAUUUCCGCGGCGUACGGCGUCGCCGCCCUCGAUCAAGCCCCCUCGCGCCGCUCCGUCUUCCGCUCCCGUCGUCCCCUCCAUCCGCGCCUGCUUGGUGCCGUAUGGUCCCGUGCUCCCCGAGGAAGAUGAGUAAACAAGAAAUGGAAUUAGAGGAAUGCAAGAGCUUGUUGAUGGAUAGAGUCCGGCUGCUUCAUCCUCGGAACCCCGAAGGGAUCGUUGCCCACAUCAUGUCAUCCAAAACACCUGCAGAGAUCAGACAACUACUCGCCCCAGAUGGCAAAAUAGCUCCCCUGAUUGUUGAGGCGGCGCAACAAUUCCCGGAGCUACCACAACUGCAGCCACCUAAAGAGCGGCAUGGUUUACGACCAUUCCGCCACUUGUGCCCUCAGUUUCAUCCAGUUGACAGUUUUCAAGGAAUUCAGGCUCCAUUUAGCUGGAACUAUUCAUGGCCUCAGUUUCAUCCAAGGGGCAUUUCUCAUGAAUUUCAGGCUCCAUUCACCUUUCCCCAUUUGCAGCAUCAAUUUCACCCAAGUGGCAUUUCUCAUGAAUUUCAGGCUCCAUUCCUCUUGCCCCAUUCACAGCCUCAGUUCUGCCUCAGUGGCAUUUCUAGUGAGUUUCAGGCUCCAUUACCGCUCAAUGUUCAAAUUGGACCAUUGCACCCUGGGCUGCCUCAGUUACAUCCAAGUGGCAGUUUUCAUGGAAUUCAUGCUCCGUUCACCCCCAUUGGUCCUACUGGAGCCUUUCAGAGCCCAUCUCCUGAAUUCACUGGCUUGGGAGAGCUCAUGUUGGAGAAGGAGAUAAGGGGACUACUGUUUUUGCUGCGACCACCAAGUCUCCCAAUCGAGUCUCUUGCAAAUAUGUACAUUGACAGGUAUGGGAAGCCUCUGCGGAUUGAGGAAUUCCUCGCAGAGGGCCAGCAGCAUGGAAAGGUUGGUUGUAGGCUAACAGAUCUGCUCGUGCGACUUAACACCAUCAGAGUCAUCGAGAGAAGGGAACAGCUUUAUAUUGUCCCAGUGGAAGAUGCUCCUAUGUACUUGGCUCAUGGUUUCAAAUUGGGGAUGCCUCCUUCUAGCAGUGAUCCUAACAAGAUUUAUGUUACUUUCUUGAUUGGAAGCAAAUUCACUGAAGAAGAUGUUCGCAACUACUUCAGUCUGUAUGGUACUGUCAAUGAUGUGCAAAUUCCACCUCAAGGAAGACGAAGGUAUGGUUAUGUGAGCUUCCAGGACCCCAGAACGGCAAAACAGAUCUUAUCAGAAAGGACCCCUCAUUUUAUCUGUGGAGAUCAAGUUCAUGUCAGAGAGUACAGGGACAAACAUGAACUAGAAAGGGAACAGCACUAUAAUGUCCCGGUGGAAGACGCUCCUAAGUACUUGGCUCAUGGUUCGAAAUUGGGGGCGCCUUCUGCUGGAAGUGAUCCUAACCAGAUUUAUGUUGUUUUCGUGCCUGAAAGUAAAUUCACUGAAGAAGAUGUUCUGAACUACUUCAGUCAGUACGGUACUGUCAAUACUGUGCGAAUUCCACCUCAAGGUAGGCGGAUGUACGGCUUUGUGAGCUUCCAUGACCCUGGGACGGCAGAACGGAUCUUAUCAGAAAGGACGCCCCAUUUCAUCUGUGGAGAUCAAGUUCGUGUCAAAGCGUACAAGGAAAAACGUGAACUACCACAUGGACAGCGUCAUGGUUCCAAAUUGGUGAUGCCUUCUGCAAUAACUAAUUCUAACAAGAUUGUUAUUAUCUUCGACCCUAAAAGCACAUUCACCGAAAAUGAUGCUUGGAAUUACUUCAGCGACUAUGGUCCUGUCAAUAACGUUCGAAUUCCACUUCAGAAGAAACGCAACUUUGGUUAUGUGAGCUUCAGGUAUCCUGAGACAGUAAAACAAAUCUUAUCAGAAAGAUGUUCAAGGACCUCUCACUUCAUCUGUGGAGAUCAUGUCUUCGUCGAAAAUUACAAUGAAAAACCGGGACCAGAGACAAUGGCUCGGGAAGGUGCCCAUUCUAUCCCUGGACCACAUGAGGUGUCAGAUGUUAGCGUUAUCCACAAGCAUCAUACAGGAGAGCAAUUAUCAAAUGUCCAUGAGUUGUUUGGGAAGAAGCCGAAUAAAGGGUGUGAUCAAGGAAUUGUUACUGAAAAGAGCGGUACUGAUGUUGCACCAGUCAUGGUUUCACCACCAACACACAACCUGUCUGUUCACUCUUUAAGUGAAUCAAGUCCUUCACAAGGUGACAAUACCACAGAAUCAUCACAUGUGUCAGAUCAUUUGGAUCAGGCAUCAGCAGAUCAAAAUAGUCUAUUGUGCAGUGAUGACUUGAGGCUUCCAGAAACCCUUGAUGAUGUUUACUGAUGUGUGAGGAAGUCUGCGAGUGUACCAUGAGCAAACUGAAAGCACUAACCACACACUGGUUGGUGAAUGGUGACUUGGUACUAUAUAUACAGUAGAUUAUAUAGUUAGAUUAUUAGAUAUAUGUGUUUUUCAGAUGCAGUUCGGUGUGCAGUCAGCAACUGGAGAGGUCAGGGAAGGUGAUUUUGUUAGUUGAGCUGAGUCAUACAAAAGCUGUUAUGACUUGCUGAUACAUCUAGACAUAUAUGGUCGGAAAGGUGUACAUCGGGGCAUAGGUCGAGUAGGUUCAUGUAGAAAUAUCCUUUUUGGAAUGAGAUUAUAACCAUGCUGUCUAGUUUAAGAUGCAUGGGAACGGUACAUGUAGCAAAGUCGUCAGUCUAGUUCUGAGAAUCUUGGAAUGGAAUGAUGGAUACUGCACCUGUAGGUUUGUUUUUGUCAUUCUCCGUUAAUCUGUUGGGUCAUCUGUGAUCGUAUCGAAGUUGUACUGCCAUCAUCUAUUG